AUGAUUGUUACUUAUUCUCAAGUCUGUACUACUACUACUACUACUACUACUACUACUACUACUACUACUACUACUACUACUACUACUACUACUACUACUACUACUACUACUACUACUACUACUACUACUACUACUACUACUACUACUACUACUACUACUACUACUACUACUACUACUACUACUACUACUACUACUACUACUACUACUACUACUACUACUACUACUACUACUACUACUACUACUACUACUACUACUACUACUACUACUACUACUACUACUACUACUACUACUACUACUACUACUACUACUACUACUACUACUACUACUACUACUACUACUACUACUACUACUACUACUACUACUACUACUACUACUACUACUACUACUACUACUACUACUACUACUACUACUACUACUACUACUACUACUACUACUACUACUACUACUACUACUACUACUACUACUACUACUACUACUACUACUACUACUACUACUACUACUACUACUACUACUACUACUACUACUACUACUACUACUACUACUACUACUACUACUACUACUACUACUACUACUACUACUACUACUACUACUACUACUACUACUACUACUACUACUACUACUACUACUACUACUACUACUACUACUACUACUACUACUACUACUACUACUACUACUACUACUACUACUACUACUACUACUACUACUACUACUACUACUACUACUACUACUACUACUACUACUACUACUGUGGUGAGAGCAGGCUGCUAG